AUGGGGGCGGCGGCGGCGGGAGGAGGAGGAGGAGGAGGAACAUGGCGGGGCCCGGCCCGGAGCCGUUACCGGCGGCGGCCGCCGAACCCGGAAGUGGAAACAGGAAGUGACGCAUCAGGAUCGUGUGCAAGCCGCGCCCACCCCAUUAGCCACGCCCUCGACAAGCGGCGAUUGAGUCACGUGACCGCCUCCCCGGUGGUGGGUCAUCCGAUCCGCCAGGGGGCGGCCUCGCGGCAGCGCCGCUUCCCGGACGCUGCGUCAGCGGCGCUCCAGCCGCGCGCGCGGGAGGCGGGAGCGGCCGCGCCCCCCCCGCGGUCGGAGCUCGCGGCCGCCGCCGCCGCCCUGCUGCGCCUGGGCGAGGAGCGCCCCCCAGCGGCCGCCGUGACCCUGCUGCGCCUGGGCGAGGAGCGCCCCCCAGCGGCCGCCGCGGGGCUGCUCCAGCGCAAGGGACGCCCUGAGUGGAGACCCCGCGACGAGGAGCCCAGGAAGGGGGCCCCCAAGGCUCGGGAUGGGGGGUCUCUGCGGCGCCCGCUGCGCGUGGGGUUCCUGACGCUGCCGGCGCCCCAGGAGCGCGGCCCCCGGCCCUGCGCCCCCGGCAUGGCCCCCCGCUCCCUGUCCUGCCACGCCGUGGGGCUCCCCGACCCGGGGGGGCCCCCCCUGCGCCCCCCACCCGGCCCCCGCACGGGACCCCCCGAGGGGAGGGGGCUCGAGGCGCCGCCCGCCAAGAGGGGGGGCACCCCCCGGGGGGGCUGCGUGCGCCAGACCCCCCCCCUGAAGCCCUCGCGGAGCCCCCAGACCCGUCUGUCAGGAGGGGCCCCCCCGCCGCCCCCCCCCCUCGGCGGGGGAGGGGGAGGAGGGGGAGGAGCCUGUGUACAUCGAGAUGGUGGGGACGCGCGGGGGGGGAUCGGGGGGGACCCCCGGCGGGGGGGGCCGGGGGGAGCGCCCCCCCCUCCCCCGGAGGAGCCCGAGGCCAUUUACGAGGAGAUGAGUUGCCCCCUGCCCGCGGGGGAGGGGCCGGGCUUUGGACACACCCCUUUCACCGGACACACCCCCUUCCGCGGCCACGCCCCCUCACAUGGUGGCCACGCCCCUUUCUCGCACUACGGACACUCUCCCUAUGCGGGACACGCCCCCUUCUCCGGUCACGCCCCCCACACGGGCCGCACCCCUUUUAUCGGCCACGCCCCCUUCUCUGGCCCCGCCCCCAUCCCCCCGCCCUUCCCCAACCUGCUUCCGCCCCGCCCCCCUCCACUAGCCCCGCCCCCCGAGGCGGUGUCGCGCCUGCCCCUCCCCCAGCGCCGCGAGGCCCCGCCCCCCGCGCGUGCGCGCAGCCACUCCACGCCCCUCCCCCCGCACCACGCGGGGGGGGCGGGGCGGGAGCGCGGGGGAGGGGCGGGGCUCGGGCCGCUGCCCCUCCCUCC